AUGGCCGGCGACGCUCCCCCGCAUCUCCAAAGUGCGGGCAGUCGCGCCGGCUCAGUCGCAUCGAUGCAACAGCACUCGGGCGACGAGGAUUCGCCGGUGACGCGAACGUUCAAGCGCACUGGGCCGCCGCCGAUGAACGCGGAUAACAAGUAUAUCUGCGAUGUCGCCGGCGAGUGUCGCGACCUCGUGUUUGACCGCAAGUGUGAAUGGGGGAAACACAUGGACAAACACGACCGUCCGUACCGCUGCCAACAUGAAUCGUGCGCCAAGUUGCAAGGCUUCACCUACUCUGGCGGCCUACUGCGACACGAGCGAGAAGUGCACGGCAAGCACGGCGGCCCCCGGGCGCAGCUAAUGUGUCCCUACGAGGACUGCAAGCGCCACGUCGGCAAAGGCUUCACCCGGAAGGAGAAUCUCAACGAGCACAUCCGCCGAGUGCACCAAAGCAAGGAGCACGUCCUCCAAGGUGUGCCGCAGCAGCAACAAGACGGCAUCGACGUCUUCCCCGGUGCAGUCGCCCCUCCCGCUGAAAUGGAAACCCCGGGCUCCGACGCGGUCUAUGAUGGCCGCGACGACCAAGUCUCGCCCGCCCGCAAGCGGAUGCGAACGGCUGUGGAAGCUCACAACCAUCAACCACACGAGCAGCAACAGCACGAGCAUCAGCCGCCGCAGAUAUUCUCGGAAGAGGCCGAAAUGCUCAAGCUGGAAGUCCAGCAGCUGCGCGAUGUGCUUGCUGGGAGGGACUCGCAGAUUAUGCAACUGGAACUAAAGAUGGAGGAGGAGCGCUUGAGUCGCGACGAGGAAAUCAGAAGGCUGCAGGACGCUCUCAGACAGUUGGAAGCGCAGCAGCAGGUUCAGGCCCAGGAGCGCAAGGAACAACCGCAGGAACUGCAGAGUGAAUUGCACGCUUAG